AUGCACAAUAGCCUCACAAGUGCCGGGCCAACGGCCGCUGUGGUCUUGGCAGGAGGCAGGUCGACCCGCAUGGGCCUCCCCAAGCACCUCCUCAAGCUACCAGAUGGGUGUCCCUUGUACAAGUUCCAUUUCGAGCUGAUUCAAGAGGCCUGUCCAACGAUAUCCCGAAUUUACAUCUCCCUUGCGUCAGACUCUCACAUGGACGAAGAGCUCCGUAACACGGUCUGCAAUCCUCACAUAACCUCGGCGGCAGGUCUGGAAUUUGGAGUCUUAUGGGACGAAGAAUCGCCUUUAGACGAUCAAAAGGAAGUCAAGGAAUCUGGCGGUCCUGCGAAAGGCCUUUUGGCGGCUUGGAGACUUCGACCGCGAGAGACGUGGCUUGUAGUUGCGUGCGAUUAUCCUCGACUGACAGCCGACGCCAUCCAGUAUCUAUUUACCGUGUACGUGCCACCAGUCACCUACUUCCGCAAUUCCGCCUAUUUCUCUGAACCUCUCAUCAGCAUCUGGAGCCCGCAAGCUCUCGAGCGGCUCGCAAGGAAUGUGGAGGCGGGCAUGGGCGGACCCAGUCGGACGAUCAAAGAACUUGGAGGCACAAUGCUCGAUGUGCCAACAGGGGAGGACUGGCUUUACAACGUGAACCGAAAGGAGGACUGGGAUAAGGUUUUCGUAAAUCACAAGGUAUAA